AAAUUAUGUGGGUGGAUGUGGAGCGGAACGGAGCGAGUGUGUGUGCUCCCUGUUCCUGAGACAGGAGACCCAUAGUGAGCAGACUGUCUUUCUUCUGCGCAUGUGCAUCCACUGAAACAGGUUUUGCAACAUCUCUCUCACUCCACCCAAAUCCCGGGAUUUAAAAGCUCACUCAGGUCAGGCUUCCUGCACUUCCACAACAUCUCCUGUAGCAUCCUCAGCUUGGAGCCAUCCGUCCAUCAUUUCUUCACCAUGAGUUUGAGAAGCAAGAGGAUCAGUUCAAGCAGCUCUGUAAGGAGCAGUGGGAAGCUUGGCGGCUAUGGCGGCUAUGGCGGCUAUGGUGGCUAUAGCACCGGGUUUAGUACAAUGUCCCUUGGAGCUUUGUCACCCAGCUUCAGCACCAGCAGCACCUACUUGGGCGCCCCCAUAUCCAGCAUCUCGGUCAACAAAAGCUUGCUGGCUCCCCUCAACCUGGAGAUCGACCCCAACCUCCAGAUGGUGCGCACUCAGGAAAAAGAGCAGAUGAAAUCUCUUAACAACCGCUUUGCCUCAUUCAUCGAUAAGGUGAGGUUCCUGGAGCAGCAGAACAAGAUGCUGGAGACCAAGUGGGACGUUCUGCAGAGUCAGACCCCAGGCAGGUCUAACAUCGAGCCCAUGUUUGAGGCUUAUAUGGCCAACCUGCGCAGACAGCUUGAUGUGGUCAACAAUGACAAAAUCAAGCUGGAUGGAGAGCUGAGAAACAUGCAGGGGCUGGUGGAAGACUUCAAGCACAAGUACGAGGACGAGAUCAACAAGAGAAACAACCUAGAGAAUGACUUUGUGAUUCUGAAAAAGGAUGUAGAUUCUGCAUACCUGGUGAAAGCUGAUCUGGAAGACAAAGUGGGUGCUCUGACUGAUGAGAUCAACUUCCUAAAGACUAUUUACGAUGAGGAACUGCGUGAGAUGCAGUCCAGCAUCAAGGACACCUCCGUUGUAGUGCAGAUGGACAACUCCCGCAACCUCGACAUGGACCAGAUUGUGGCCGAAGUCAAGGCCCAAUAUGAGGAGAUUGCAGCCAAAAGCCGUGAGGAAGCUGAGGCCUGGUACAAGUCUAAGUACGAUCAGAUGGCCAGCCAGGCCACCCAAUACGGGAACGAGCUGAGGAACACCAAGGCUGAGAUUGCUGAGCUCAACCGCAUGAUCAGCCGUCUGCAAAGCGAAAUCGAGUCCAUCAAGGCCCAGCGCACAAACAUGGAGAACCAGAUCGCUGAGGCAGAGGAGCGUGGUGAGCUGACUGUGAAGGAGGCCAAAGCUCGCAUCAGAGACCUGGAGGAAGCGCUGCAGAGAGCCAAACAGGACAUGGCACGCCAACUGCGGGAGUACCAGGAGCUCAUGAACGUUAAGCUGGCACUGGACAUCGAGAUUGCCACUUACAGGAAGCUGCUGGAGGGCGAGGAGGACAGAAUUGGACAGCAGGCCAUUGUCAACAUUCAAUCCAUUCCCAGUUUCAACAGCAGUAUGUCGUACAGAGUCUGAAACCAUAAAGCAAGUUGGUUUGAAAUCGCUAAAGAUAUUUUGAGGCUCUAAAGGAGUAAACAGCUACCAGCAGUUCAGCUCUCCAUCCCCUAAAAUACUGAUCAAAACCACGGAGAUUAGAGACAACACCAGAUUCAGUACACACUGAAGUGUCACUAUAAACUACACGGUAUCAAGUAGCUUAAAGAAACUGUAGGUUAGGACGUAUAAAAGAAACUAUCUCUGUAUGCAUUUUCUGUAUUAAUAAAACAAAUAAACCUGAUAUUAGAAAUACUCUAGCAGUUAAAGAGUUGUGAAAAAUAAACAGUGUGUGAAAGGCGUCUUUUAUUACA